AUGAAGCGGAAUCCGCUAUCUUUCAUGAAGCAGAUGGAUCUACAAGCCGCUUCCCUACUGAUCUGGCAAAGGAUGGUUCGAGCCCGAGUAACCGACAUCAUCGCCGAUAACAAGGUAGGCAAGAAGAGCGACGGCACAAUCUUCCAGACGCUGCUGGACAGUGACUUGUCACCCCACGAGAAGACUGUCGACCGUCUGCAGGAUGAAGGGCAGGUUCUCAUCGGAGCCAGUUCUGAGACGACCGCCAAGGCAUUGAGCAUCAUCACUUUUUUUCUACUCGAGGACAAGAGGAAACUCGAAAGACUUCGAGUGGAAUUGAAGGCGAUCCCGUCCAAGGGAGAUGGUAGAUUCUCGUUGACGGACUUGGAACAGCUGCCAUACUUGACCGCCGCCAUCAAUGAAGGCAUCCGUCUCAUGCACGGAGUGACAACCCGGCUGCCUAGAGUUUCGCCCACCGAGCCUCUUCGGUACAAAGACUGGAUCAUUCCCCCUGGUACACCGGUCAGCGAAUCGAACUACUUCGUCCACAUGGACAAGACGAUUUUCCCCAAUCCGGAAGAGUGCGACCCCGAACGAUGGCUGCGGGCCUCAAAGCAGGGAUUCGGCUCGAUCGAUACCUCGUUUCCUUCACAAAAGGGAGUCGCAUGUGCUCUCGCAUAUGCCGAACUAUUCCUGACCGUUGCUAUGAUCAUGUCGCGUUUUGAAAUGGAGAACUACGAAACGUCCUACGAGGCAGACAUCAGAAUCGAUCGUGAUUUCUUCGUCGGAAUGCCGAGUCUGGAAAGCAAGGGCGUCCGAGCGAAAAUCGUGGCACAGGUCUGA